GAUCGAGUGUCGAUUUAUACAUCAUCUGACUUCCUCGUAAACUCAGUCCAUCCAUCCAAACCCCAAACACAACAACAAUGGAAAUGGAAUCAAUGGCGUCGGCGAUCGGAGUAUCAGUUCCGGUACUCCGCUUCCUCCUCUGUUUCGUCGCCACCAUCCCCGUCAGCUUCUUCCACCGCCUCGUCCCCGGCGGCGCCACCGCCCGCCACCUCUACGCCGCCGUUACCGGCGCUCUGCUCUCCUACAUUUCAUUUGGGUUCUCUUCGAACCUGCACUUCUUCGUGCCCAUGUUGAUUAGUUAUGGAUCAAUGGUUGUGGUCAGGAAAUGGUGUGGUGUGAUUUCGUUCUUGUCGGCUAUGGGGUACCUCAUUGGAUGCCAUGUAUACUACAUGAGCGGAGAUGCAUGGAAGGAAGGCGGAAUUGAUGCUACAGGAUCGCUUAUGGUGAUAACAUUGAAAGUGAUUUCAUGUGCCAUUAAUUACAACGAUGGAUUAUUAAAAGAAGCAGAUCUUCGUGAAUCCCAAAAGAAAAACCGCAUACUUAAGUUGCCAUCUUUAAUCGAAUAUGUGGGAUAUUGCUUAUGCUGCGGAAGUCACUUCGCUGGUCCGGUUUACGAAAUCAAAGAUUAUUUGGAUUGGACCGAAAGAAAGGGGAUUUGGACAAAGUCCGAGAAAGGCACACCAUCACCAUUUUUGCCAACACUACGAGCGAUUCUCCAAGCGGGUUUCUGUAUGGGUUUGUAUUUAUAUCUAUCGCCUUCGUAUCCGCUUUCAAGAUUCAGUGAGCCGAUAUAUCAAGAAUGGGGAUUUGUGAAACGUCUGACCGUCCAAUACAUGUCGGGCUUCACCGCGCGUUGGAAAUAUUAUUUCAUUUGGUCUAUCUCAGAAGCUUCUAUCAUUAUUUCGGGCUUCGGUUUCAGUGGCUGGACUGACUCUUCUCCACCCAAAGCCCGAUGGGACCGUGCGAAAAACGUUGAUGUUUUGGGUGUUGAGUUUGCAAAGAGUUCGGUUGAGUUACCACUCGUGUGGAAUAUCCAAGUCAGCACAUGGCUUCGUCACUAUGUUUAUGACAGACUUGUUCAAAAGGGAAAGAAGCCUGGCUUUUUCCAAUUGUUAGCAACACAAACUGUUAGCGCUGUCUGGCAUGGAUUAUAUCCUGGGUACUUGAUAUUCUUUGUUCAAUCUGCUUUGAUGAUUGCCGGGUCAAGAGCCAUUUACAGAUGGCAGCAGGCGGUUCCGCCAACCGUUAAGAAGUUUUUGAUGCUCAUGAACUUUGCUUACACGCUUCUUGUUCUUAACUACUCCUGCAUAGGUUUUAUGGUAUUAAGCCUACACGAAACACUGGCUGCAUACGGAAGUGUAUACUACGUUGGAACCAUCAUUCCAGUGGCGUUGAUCCUCCUCGGGAACAUAAUCAAGCCAAAAUCGGCCCGAUCCAAAGCCCGGAAAGAGCAGUGAGGUUUAUAAAACCACAUCUCUCCCUUAAUCCCAAUGAAAACGCAAAGGAUGGAGAUUUGCCAAGUUUAAUCAUUUCUUAGCUAGGAUUAAUGUCAAAAACAUUUUGCUUUUUAGUUCUCGGUUUUACUACCAUUAUCAAAAAUCAUCAUUGUGUUUUCUAUCAUCACUCUUUUUUUGGGUGGACAUGUUGAGUUUAUCCUGAGGGAGCAUUAUUGUUAUCAA